UUCCUCCUGGGACUCUCAGACAAGCCAGAACUGCAGCCUGUCCUCUUUGUCCUGUUCCUGUCCAUGUACCUGGUCACCAUGUUGGGGAACCUGCUCAUCAUCCUGGCUGUCACCUCUGACCCCCACCUCCACACCCCCAUGUACUUCUUCCUCUGCAGCCUGUCCUUGACUGACAUGGGCUUCAUUUCUAGCUCCAUCCCCAAGAUGAUUGUGAACAUCCAAACUCACAACAGAUUUAUUUCCUAUGCUGGAUGCCUGACACAGAUGUCUUUUUUCAUCCUUUUUGGAUGUAUGGAUGGUAUUGUUCUGACUGUGAUGGCCUAUGACAGGUUUGUGGCCAUCUGUCACCCACUGCACUACAUGGUCAUCAUGAACUCACACCUCUGUUGCAACUUAGUUUUGGUGUCUUUUUUGGUUAGCCUUUUGGAUUCCCAGGUACACAAUUUGAUUGUCCUCCAACUUACUUGCUUCAAGACUGUGGAAAUUUCUAAUUUUUUCUGUGACCCUUCUAUACUCCUCAAGCUUGCCUAUUCUGAUUAUCUCACCCAUAACUUAAUCAUGUAUUUUGUUGGUGCCAUUUUUGCUGGGAUUCCGGUCUCAGGGAUCUUUUUCUCUUACUAUAAAAUCAUUUCCUCCAUUCUGAGAUUCCCUUCAUCAGGUGGGAGGUCUAAAGCCUUCUCCACCUGUGGUUCUCACCUGGCAGGUAUUUGUUUGUUUUAUGGAACAGGCCUUGGGGUGUACUUCAGCUCAGCUGUCUCACAUUCUCCCAGGAAGGAUGCAGUGGCCUCAGUGCUGUACACUGUGGUCACCCCCAUGCUGAACCCCUUCAUCUACAGUCUGCAGAACAGUGACAUCCAAAGGGCCAUGAGGAGGUUUCUCAGAAAGUCAGUGUAA